AUGACGCGGGGCUUGCAGACUGAGGUGGAGGUGCCCGAGGGAAAGGACGUCGGCUUCGCAAAGAACAGGGCCAUCGACAAGCUGUGGCAGAGCAUCCCGUUCUGCCACGCCGUGGCCGCGCUCUCCAACCUCCGGGUCUUUGAGUCGGGCGAGGAGCUGGAGGACUCCGCGCCCUGCUGGGACGGCCAGCGGCUGCUCCUGGCCGCCGAGCCGCCCAGCGCCGACGGCGCCGCCACGGCCGGCGCCGGCAGCGCGGCCGCGGCCUACGCGGAGGCGGUGGGGGCCAUUGGCCGCCACAAGCUCGGCCUGGACGCGCCCAAGCCAGCGGGCACGAGUCCAGCGGCUGAGGAGCUGAUGAAGCUGCCGAUGAAAGAGCUGAAGGCGCGGCUGGCGGCGGCAGGGAAGUCCGCUGAGGGCUGCUUGGAAAAGGCGGACCUGGUGGAUCGGCUGAUGAGCUGA